GGCCGCAGAGGUGGCGGCGGGCAGCCGGAGGAUGGUCCAGAAGGAAGGCCAGGCGGCCCUGGAGGAGCGGGAUGCAGACCUCAGCUCUGGCCCCGCCGCUUCUGCAGGGGCAGCGUUGGAGCCGCAGGCGGCUUCGGGCUCGGGAGACGACCACCCCGCCGGGGCCGGGGCGGCGACGGCGGCUGGGGCCGCGGGAGGAGCCCGAAGGUUCCUGUGCGGCGUGGUGGAAGGAUUUUAUGGAAGACCCUGGGUUAUGGAACAGAGAAAAGAACUUUUUAGAAGGCUCCAAAAAUGGGAAUUAAAUACAUACUUGUACGCACCAAAAGAUGACUACAAACAUAGGAUGUUUUGGCGGGAGAUGUAUUCAGUGGAGGAAGCUGAGCAGCUUAUGACUCUGAUCUCUGCUGCACGAGAAUAUGAGAUAGAGUUCAUCUAUGCUAUCUCACCUGGAUUGGACAUCACUUUUUCUAACCCCAAGGAAGUGUCUACAUUGAAACGCAAACUGGAUCAGGUUUCUCAGUUUGGGUGCAGGUCAUUUGCCUUGCUUUUUGAUGAUAUUGACCACAAUAUGUGUGCAGCAGACAAAGAGGUAUUCAGUUCUUUUGCUCAUGCACAGGUCUCCAUCACAAAUGAAAUUUAUCAGUACCUAGGAGAACCAGAAACUUUCCUCUUCUGUCCUACAGAAUAUUGUGGCACUUUCUGUUAUCCAAAUGUGUCUCAGUCUCCUUACUUAAGGACUGUGGGUGAAAAGCUCCUACCUGGAAUUGAGGUACUUUGGACAGGUCCCAAAGUUGUUUCUAAAGAAAUUCCAGUAGAGUCUAUUGAAGAGGUUUCUAAAAUAAUUAAGAGAGCUCCAGUAAUCUGGGAUAACAUCCAUGCUAAUGAUUACGAUCAGAAGAGACUAUUUUUGGGCCCAUAUAAAGGAAGAUCCACAGAGCUCAUCCCCCGGUUAAAAGGAGUGCUGACGAAUCCAAACUGUGAAUUUGAAGCCAACUAUGUUGCUAUCCACACCCUUGCCACCUGGUACAAGUCAAACAUGAACGGAGUGAGGAAAGAUGUGGUGAUGACUGACAGUGAAGAUAGUACUGUAUCGAUCCAGAUAAAAUUAGAAAACGAAGGCAGUGAUGAAGAUAUUGAAACUGAUGUACUCUAUAGUCCACAAAUGGCUCUAAAGCUAGCUUUAACAGAGUGGUUGCAGGAAUUUGGUGUACCUCAUCAAUACAGCAGUAGGCAAGUUGCACAUAGUGGAGCAAAAACAAGUGUAGUUGAUGGGACUCCCUUAGUUGCAGCACCCUCUUUAAAUGCCACAACUGUAGUCACAACAGUUUACCAGGAACCCAUUAUGAGCCAGGGAGCAGCUUUGAGUGGUGAACCUACAACUCUGACCAAGGAAGAAGAAAAGAAGCAGCCGGAUGAGGAACCUAUGGACAUGGUGGUAGAAAAACAAGAAGAAGCAGAUCACAAGACUGACAAUCAAAUACUAACUGAAAUCGUUGAAGCUAAAAUGGCAGAGGAAUUAAAACCAAUGGACACUGAUAAAGAGAGCAUAGCUGAAUCUAAAUCUCCAGAGAUGUCUAUGCAAGAAGAUUGCAUUAGCGAUAUUGCUCCUAUGCAGACAGAUGAACACACAAACAAGGAGCAGUUUGUGCCAGGUCCAAAUGAAAAGCCUUUGUACACUGCAGAACCAGUGACUCUAGAGGAUUUGCAGUUACUUGCAGAUCUUUUCUAUCUUCCUUAUGAGCAUGGACCCAAAGGAGCACAGAUGUUACGGGAAUUCCAGUGGCUUCGAGCAAAUAGCAGCGUUGUUAGUGUCAAUUGCAAAGGAAAAGACUCAGAAAAAAUUGAAGAAUGGCGGUCACGAGCAGCCAAAUUUGAAGAGAUGUGUGGACUGGUGAUGGGAAUGUUCACUCGGCUCUCCAACUGUGCCAACAGGACAAUCCUUUAUGACAUGUACUCCUAUGUGUGGGAUAUCAAGAGUAUAAUGUCUAUGGUGAAGUCUUUUGUACAGUGGUUAGGGUGUCGUAGUCAUUCUUCAGCACAGUUCUUAAUUGGAGACCAAGAACCCUGGGCCUUUAGAGGUGGUCUAGCAGGAGAGUUCCAGCGUUUGCUGCCAAUUGAUGGAGCAAAUGAUCUCUUUUUUCAACCACCCCCACUGACUCCUACCUCCAAAGUUUAUACUAUCAGACCGUAUUUUCCUAAAGAUGAGGCUUCUGUGUACAAGAUUUGCAGAGAGAUGUAUGAUGACGGAAUGGGUUUACCUUUUCAGAGUCAGCCUGACCUUAUUGGAGACAAGUUGGUAGGAGGGCUCCUUUCCCUCAGCCUGGAUUACUGUUUUGUACUUGAAGAUGAAGAUGGCAUAUGUGGCUAUGCAUUGGGCACUGUGGAUGUGACGCCCUUCAUCAAAAAAUGUAAAAUAUCCUGGAUCCCAUUCAUGCAGGAAAAAUAUACGAAGCCAAAUGGUGACAAAGAACUCUCAGAGGCUGAGAAAAUAAUGUUGAGUUUCCAUGAAGAACAGGAAGUGUUGCCAGAAACUUUUCUUGCCAAUUUCCCUUCUCUGAUAAAGAUGGAUAUUCACAAAAAAGUAACUGACCCAAGUGUGGCUAAAAGUAUGAUGGCUUGCCUCCUGUCUUCGUUGAAGGCUAAUGGCUCCCGCGGGGCUUUCUGUGAAGUGAGACCAGAUGAUAAAAGAAUUCUCGAGUUCUACAGCAAGUUAGGCUGUUUUGAAAUUGCAAAAAUGGAAGGAUUUCCAAAGGAUGUGGUUAUACUUGGUCGGAGCCUGUGACAUUUGAUGUCACUGUGGACUGUCUUAAUUCCACCUUGUUGGUAGUUGGGGGUCUUCAGACAGUUCAGCGUCCGGAGCAGCAAUGAAUUAACCAUUGAAUUGGAAACAAGACUGUGUAAAGUUCACCCAUCAUACAUUGAGACCACUCUCUGGCUGGAAGAAGAUAGUAUUGUUGCAAGUCCUGUAUAAAACAGAUUUGGGCUGCUCUUUUGGGUUUUGUGUCUCAUCUCGGGUACCAAGAUCUCCUACGUGGGAUUCUUUAGGGAGAAGGGUCUUGAAUAAAUGUAGUCAGCACUAUUUUCUGCAUCCAGUGUGGUUGGAUUUCUCGCCUAAGAGAAUCAGAAUUACUUCUGUCAUCUAUGGCUUAUUAAAUGUCUCAUUCUUUGGAGACAUAGCAGAGGUGAGAGAAAUACUUAGUGGGCUUCAGAGACUUGGCGGCUGAAUGCUCCCAGUUUCCCAGUUGGGUGAUGGUGUGGCAUUAGUUGAAGCUGAGUAAGUGUUGGCAGUUUGGGGCAAUGUUUUGCUUUUUGUAAAGCCAUGGCCAGUUGUCUCCUGCAGCAACCAUUGGCUUGGGCAUGUUGUACGUGGUAGGGACAGUGCAGUUGUUCUUGGCAAAAGCCUAAAAUAGAUAAAUUUGUAAAUUCCUUUGUAUAUAAAUUAGCUAUUAACCUGAUUAUCUUUUGUUGACCAUUUUUGUAAUUUUUUUCUUUAUGAAAUGAGAAGGUGUGGUUCAGGAUGGCACUUUGAAUAAUGUAAAUUAGAAGUUGGAUUUUCUUUCUUUCUCUUCUUGAGAAGCUUUAUUCUUUAUGUUUCCCAUGUAGGGAUAGGCCAUGACCCUCUUGAGUACGAGAGCCUCAUUUCAUAGGACUCAAUUUGUGGCAGCAUGAAGUUGCUUCUGAAAAAUAAUCUCAGCAGAUCAGUGUGUGCAGUGUUGGUUUGAACAUCUGUCAAGUAGGGAGGGGAACUGGAUGGUCUCAUUUGCUCUUGUAUCAGGUAUCUUAAUUUCUACACCUGUGAUUACUGGUUUAACUAAAUCAGUCUAAUACUUGCAUGAUUUAUCUUAAUUUUUAAAAGAAUGAGCAUACUUUAUGGCUACCCAUUUCUUUUUUCUUGAAUCACAGAUUUGAAAGCUUCAUGUAUUUUAAUUUAGAUUUGGUGUUUUUCAAGGGUUCUGAGCAUGAGGCUGGCAGAUAAUCUCUACAGGAAUCAGUUUUUUCAUCAUGGCUGGCUGACUUCUCCAUAGAUUUGUAUCAGUGUUUUGUUACUUUGCUUACCUACAGCUUUGCACAUUGGUUCAGCUUGGCGCUCUGUGAACAAGGAGAAGGAAAAUUGAACUGUCUUCCUUUGUGGAACUGCCCAGCUGUGGGUGUUCAUACAGCCUUAAAGCACUGUACCUAGUUGACCUCCAACCAAGGCUUAGGAGAGUGUUGAACUGGUGAGGAGAAAGAGGUUACUGUUCUUAGGGUAGAAAUCUACCUAAUAGGAUGUGCUGUGUUACAAAGCUGAGACCAAGUUCACAGUUUUCAGGGCUGAGAUGAAGGGAAGACACCCACUAAAUGAUGUUUAAGACAGGUGAAUGUUACUCACUUUCCGUAUCCCAAGCACUAGUAGUCUACAUCCUACAGCGUUAUUUUAUCUGGAGCAUUUUGAGGUCAGUCUCAUGGGAUCAGGAUUUUUAAACAAGUUCUUUUUGGUUUUAUCUUGGCUUUUAAUUACUUGGACUGGUCUUAUCACAUGGAUUAAAAUGUGGAACAGAUGUCCAGCUCUAUACUUAAAGCUUCAUCACUCUAGGAUUGUAAAAUGCUAUGCUAUUUCCAUGGUUAUGAGUAUUUAUUAAGGUUGGGAUGUUUCAUUGUUUAGAUCGCAGUUCAGUCCCUAUAGAAUACAAACUGUAAAACUAUCUGAAGACCAUGUAAGAGGCAAAAUAAAACUUGAAGUGAAUGUG